AUGAACACCAACGUGUGCGUGGAAAGUGGCCCCAACCCCGAGGCGCCGGGGCUGCCCAAGGACAGCCACCUGCCCGAGGGGGCCCUCAACAGCCUUGUGGAUUACAACUCGGAGAUGGAGAGGUACCGCUCCUUCGCCACCUUCUACAAGACCAACGGCGGCGCCUUCCCCCAGGCGGCCAAGAUCGCCCGCAUCACCACCCCCAUCUUCCCCAGCGCGGCCGCCGCCGCCGCCGCCCGCAUCGGCAUGUCCCCCUGGAACUGCGACACCGCCACGGCCGCCGCCGCCACCGCCAUGCUCUGGGGCAGCGGCGGCGGCGGCGGCGCGGCGGGCGGCGCGAGGAAACCCUCCUCCUCCUCCUCCUCCGCGGCCGCCGCCGCCGCCGCCUCCGCGGCCGCCGCCGCCGCCGCCUCCUCGCUGCACGCCGGCAGGGGCGGCAUGCACCAUCGGAGUGACUCGCAGCGGCUGGGCAAGCCCGGCUGCCCGCCGGCCGAGCAGCCCGCCCUGCCCAUGGCCAAUGGCAACUUCCUCUCCACCCUCGCCCCCGAGCACUGCCGGCCGCUGGCCGGGGAGUGCAUGAACAAGCUCAAGUGCGGCGCCGCCGAAGCCGAGAUCAUGAACCUCCCCGACCGCGUCGGCACCUUCUCGGCCAUCCCGGCGCUGGGCGGCCUCUCCCUGCCUCCCGGGGUCAUCGUCAUGACGGCCCUGCACUCCCCCGCCGCGGCCUCGGCCGCCGUCACAGACAGCGCCUUCCAGAUCGCCAACCUGGCGGACUGCCCUCAGAGCCACGCCUCGGCCUCGCCCGCCUCCGCGGCCGGGGCCGGGGCGGGCAACCCCGCCAAGAAGAAACGGAAACGCUGCGGGGUGUGCGUGCCCUGCAAGCGGCUCAUCAACUGUGGAGUCUGCAGCAGUUGCAGGAACCGCAAAACGGGACACCAGAUCUGCAAAUUUAGGAAAUGUGAAGAGCUUAAGAAAAAACCGGGCACUUCGUUAGAGGUCAGAGGAGAUGAUUUCUUUUUCCCCAGCCUUCCGCCGUCCCUCCUCAACCCCCUGCCCCCGCCCCUCCAGUGCUUCUUGUCUAGCUUCAAGAUGCAGCAUCCCUUCUCCGAGGCCUCCUUCAGGCUCUGA